UUUUAUUUACGUUUGGCAUAAAAGAGUUCAAUAUGACUUCCUUGUAAAAUUUAUUGACAUAAAAUAUAAAAUGGCUAGUUUCACUGCCGACGUUGAAGAGGGAGAGAUUACAGAUUCAGAUGGUGAAAAGAUAAACGAACCACCACAGCAAAUCUAUCGCACCAAAAUACCCCAAAUUGUCAUCAACUCAGAGGAGAGUAGUGAUAGUGAAGAUGACUACCCCAAACUGAAACGAACUCAUGCUGGUAAUGAAGAUUACACCGUGCCUUUUGUCAACCCUUUGCUGGCAGCUAACCCACAGCCCAGUGUGAAGAAAAGAAACAACAUCUGGGGCUCUGUGCUGACAGAGCAGGUGCUGGCCCAGGAGGUGAAGUCCUUCUCUGUGGGCAGCACAGUACUGGAUGAGAGGGAUGUUGAAAGCUACGACUACACCAAAGCCAGGGAAGAUGAGAGACCAGCACUAAAGGUGCAUGUCGUUGAUGAUUCCAUAUUUGCUGAUGACACCAAGAGAGAGGACACAAGACAACGCAAAAGAAAACAUUGUAAAGAUAAUGAAUAUUUUGGUAAAAAAAGGUUGAACAAGCACAGACUGAGAAGUCUGACAGUAACAGCAAACAGCAGCCUGCUGGAGGUGGUAGAGGCCAUCACAAAGGGCUUGUCUGAACCCAAGGUUGAGCUCUUCACCCAGAUAGUGCAGGCCGUGGGGCAUGAGACAGCCAUCAAGUUGUACCAGAUGACAGAUCAAGUGGAGGCAGCUGGUGGCAUGAUGACAUGUGAUGGGUACAGACGCCGCAGCCCUGGUGGAGUGUACAUACAGUUGCUCAAGUCUGACUCCAGUGUCCCCAGUGAAACCAUACAAAAGUUGUUUGAGGCAGACCAGCUACAGUGGAAGAAAAACAUUCAAGAGAGAAGAAAAAUAAAAAAAGCUGCGCGCAGAAAAUUUAAAAAGCAUAAGAAAAAGAUGGAGGUGGACGCCAUAGACCAGGUGUUGGCCCCCCCUGAAGACAGCAAUGACAACAGUGACUUGCUGGACAGGCCAACCACACCUGAGCCUAAAGAUGACUCAUCUGAUGGCCCCUGGGGGCCGGCCGAGGAAGAGGAGGAUGAAGAUAUUGCUGAAGCCAUAGCCAAAGCUAAGGCAGCCCUCAUCAAACGCCAGAGGGAGCUAACAAUGUGUGCUAGUCAGGGGGACAACCCAAGUAAUGAUGCUGGUGAUAUGGAAGAGAUGACUUGAUAUAACGUAUGAUGUUGGUGAUAUGGAAGAGAUGACUUGAUAUAACGUAUGAUGUUGGUGAUAUGGAAGAGAUGACUUGAUAUAACGUAUGAUGUUGGUGAUAUGGAAGAGAUGACUUGAUAUAACGUAUGAUGUUGGUGAUAUGGAAGAGAUGGCUUGAUAUAUCAUUGUUGUAUGAUGCUGGUGAUAUGGAAGAGAUGACUUGAUAUAUCAUUGUUGUAUGAUGUUGGUGAUAUGGAAGAGAUGACUUGAUAUAACGUAUGAUGUUGGUGAUAUGGAAGAGAUGACUUGAUAUAUCGUAUGAUGUUGGUGAUAUGGAAGAGAUGACUUGAUAUAUCGUAUGAUGUUGGUGAUAUGGAAGAGAUGACUUGAUAUAUCAUUGUUGUAUGAUGUUGGUGAUAUGGAAGAGAUGACUUGAUAUAACCUAUGAUGUUGGUGAUAUGGAAGAGAUGACUUGAUAUAUCAUUGUUGUAUGAUGUUGGUGAUAUGGAAGAGAUGACUUGAUAUAACGUAUGAUGUUGGUGAUAUGGAAGAGAUGACUUGAUAUAUCAUUGUUGUAUGAUGUUGGUGAUAUGGAAGAGAUGACUUGAUAUAACGUAUGAUGUUGGUGAUAUGGAAGAGAUGACUUGAUAUAUCAUUGUUGUAUGAUGCUGGUGAUAUGGAAGAGACGACUUGAUAUAUCAUUGUUGUAUGAUGUUGGUGAUAUGGAAGAGAUGGCUUGAUAUAUCAUUGUUGUAUGAUGCUGGUGAUAUGGAAGAGAUGACUUGAUAUAUCAUUGUUGUAUGAUGUUGGUGAUAUGGAAGAGAUGACUUGAUAUAACGUAUGAUGUUGGUGAUAUGGAAGAGAUGACUUGAUAUAUCAUUGUUGUAUGAUGUUGGUGAUAUGGAAGAGAUGACUUGAUAUAACGUAUGAUGUUGGUGAUAUGGAAGAGAUGACUUGAUAUAUCAUUGUUGUAUGAUGCUGGUGAUAUGGAAGAGACGACUUGAUAUAUCAUUGUUGUAUGAUGUUGGUGAUAUGGAAGAGAUGGCUUGAUAUAUCAUUGUUGUAUGAUGCUGGUGAUAUGGAAGAGAUGACUUGAUAUAUCAUUGUUGUAUGAUGUUGGUGAUAUGGAAGAGAUGACUUGAUAUAACGUAUGAUGUUGGUGAUAUGGAAGAGAUGACUUGAUAUAACGUAUGAUGUUGGUGAUAUGGAAGAGAUGACUUGAUAUAUCAUUGUUGUAUGAUGUUGGUGAUAUGGAAGAGAUGACUUGAUAUAACGUAUGAUGUUGGUGAUAUGGAAGAGAUGACUUGAUAUAUCAUUGUUGUAUGAUGUUGGUGAUAUGGAAGAGAUGACUUGAUAUAACGUAUGAUGUUGGUGAUAUGGAAGAGAUGACUUGAUAUAUCAUUGUUGUAUGAUGUUGGUGAUAUGGAAGAGAUGACUUGAUAUAACGUAUGAUGUUGGUGAUAUGGAAGAGAUGACUUGAUAUAUCAUUGUUGUAUGAUGCUGGUGAUAUGGAAGAGAUGACUUGAUAUAUCAUUGUUGUAUGAUGUUGGUGAUAUGGAAGAGAUGACUUGAUAUAUCAUUGUUGUAUGAUGCUGGUGAUAUGGAAGAGAUGACUUGAUAUAUCGUUGUUUUAUGAUGCUGGUGAUAUGGAAGAGAUGACUUGAUAUAUCGUUGUUUUAUGAUGUUGGUGAUAUGGAAGAGAUGACUUGAUAUAUCAUUGUUGUAUGAUGCUGGUGAUAUGGAAGAGAUGACUUGAUAUAUCAUUGUUGUAUGAUGUUGGUGAUAUGGAAGAGAUGACUUGAUAUAUCAUUGUUGUAUGAUGCUGGUGAUAUGGAAGAGAUGACUUGAUAUAUCGUUGUUUUAUGAUGCUGGUGAUAUGGAAGAGAUGACUUGAUAUAUCGUUGUUUUAUGAUGUUGGUGAUAUGGAAGAGAUGACUUGAUAUAUCAUUGUAGUAUGAUGCUGGUGAUAUGGAAGAGAUGACUUGAUAUAUCAUUGUUGUAUGAUGCUGGUGAUAUGGAAGAGAUGACUUGAUAUAUCAUUGUUGUAUGAUGUUGGUGAUAUGGAAGAGAUGACUUGAUAUAUGAUUGUUGUAUGAUGUUGGUGAUAUGGAAGAGAUGAUGAUAUGAUUGUAUGAGGUAGGGAAUGAUGCUGGUUUAUGUAAAUAUAGUUCCUGCUUGUAUGAAUGCUUUCAUAUUUUUAUAGCAAACAAUGUUAGAGAAACAUUGAUACAAGUUUUUAUUUGCUUAUGUUUUUGUUACCUUUUUGUAAUUAGUUGUGUUAUAAAAUUUGACUUGAAAC